UGGGGCUCUCCUUAGCUCAUUGGGUUAGAGCAGGAGGCAGUUCCCCGAACUUCCAUCACCUCGAUUCUUUUGAGCUACUUCUAUGACCCCUCUUGAGGCAGGGGAAUAAGUCACCACACCUGCAUUUCUCAAAACGUGGUGCCAGGGAACCCCCGUGUCAGCAUAGCCUCUGGCCAUUUGUGCAAAAUGCAGAAUCCGGGGCCCAUUCCCAGACCUGCCGGGUGGGACUCUCCUAUGUCAAGAGCCAGGGAACCUGCUUGUUAUAAGCUCCCAGCACCUGGGAGAGUUCCAAAUGUGAGUGUGCCCCCCCGUGUCCGGGAUCCCUCACUCUGAUGGAAAGUCCUCUGCAGCCCCCUCAGGAAGGUAGCAUGGGCUCUCAAGGUGGCCCGGUAUAGCCAUCAGAAGAAGGCCUGGCCAUGGCAGGCAGCCCUCAGAGGGAGGAGAGGCCUGGGAGGGAAGGAGCAGAAUGUCUACACACACAGCUGGAUGGGGAGGGGGCUGGGAAGCUUCUCUGUCUCCUGGGCCAAGCACAGGACCCCUACCCAACUCCAACAUUUGUAGGAUUUUCUAGUCAAAUCUAGAAAUCUAGAAAUCUUUGCUAUACAGAGUAUGGACAGAGGAGAGAAGUACCCACAAAGCCCCAUGUGUGGUUGUCCCCAAAGAGCUUUUGGAGUGACAGGCUGUUUUCCCCAUUUCACAGAUGAGGAGACUGAGGCCUAGAGAGGAAGGGGAAGAUGACCAAGACUCUGUGCAUGCACCAAUGAAUGAAUACCUUUCUCCUUUUCACUCCCCUCAUGGUGACUCCCAGACAACCCUAUAAGAGAAAACACAAGUGAAGUGGCUUUGACUGCUGAAUUUGAUUUUUAUUCAAAGCCCUGGGUUCGUGCUCAGCUUUUCCAGGUCUUGACUGGUGCGUUCAGCCAAGGCCAUGAUUCCUGGGGUCUCACAGGGUCUCUGGGAAAACUGUGCCCUUCUUCUGACCUGGCACCAGCUGCCUGAACAGGACAGCAGAGCUGGAAGGGCUGGGACAACUGAGGCUCACCAUCACCCAUUCUACAGAUGAGCCAACUGAGGAGUUAGGAGUGCCCACAGGAAGCAUUGGGUUUCCAAGAACCUAGGCCACCCAGAGUCCAUUAGGUAAUAGAGCAUGAAGACCACUCACUACCCCACCUGGACACCCAUCAGGCUCUAGAGAACGCGUCCCCCACCCUCCAUGUCUAGUCAGCAAGACGGAGCCUGCAGCCACACUUCUCAGCCUUGGAGCAUGGCCAGUCCCGAGCACCCCGGGAGCCCUGGAUGGACAGGACCCACAGCCAAGUGCACAGCAGGGACCAGGCAGGAAGCAUCAGCCACAGGCCGAGACCUCCCGUGUCCAGGACCCGAAGGGCACUUAGACGCUCCGGGCAGCCCCAGCCCCAACUCCAGCAUGACCACCGGGGAGCUGCAGGAGUACUGGCGGAAGGAGAAACGCUGUUGGAGGCGCGUCAAGCUGCUCUUCGAGGUCGCGUCCGCCCGCAUCGAGGAGAGAAAAGUCUCCAAGUUUGUGAUGUACCAAAUCGUCGUCAUCCAGACAGGGAGUUUUGACAGCAACAAAGCCGUGCUGGAAAGGCGCUAUUCAGACUUUGAGAUGCUCCAGAAAAACCUCCUCAAGACGUUCAGGGAAGAGAUCGAAGACAUCGCCUUCCCCAAGAAGCAUCUGGUAGGCAACUUCACCGAGGAGAUGAUCUCCGAGCGCAAGCUGGCCUUCAAGGAGUACCUGACCUUGCUCUACGCUAUCCGCUGCGUGCGGCGCUCCCGCGAGUUCAUAGACUUCCUCACACGGCCCGAGCUCCGGGAGGCGUUCGGCUGCUUGCGCGGGGGACAGUACGGCCGGGCCCUGGACAUCCUGGUGCGCGUGGUGCCCCUGCAGGAGAAGCUGACGGCCCACUGCCCGGUGAUGAUGGUGCCGGCGCUCUGCGCCAUGCUCGUGUGCCACCGGGACCUGGAGCGCCCCGCCGAGGCCUUCGCGGCCGGGGAGAGGGCGCUGCAGUGCCUGCAGGCCCGGGAGGGCCACCGCUACUACGCCCCCCUGCUGGACGCCAUGAUCUGCCUGGCCUACGCGCUGGGCAAGGACUUUGUGUCGCUGCAGGAGAAGCUGCAGGAGAGCCAGCUCCGCCAGCCCAGCCCCUGGGGCUUCACUCUGAAGGAGCUCACGGUCCGGGAGUAUCUGUACUGAGUCCCUCUGGCGGGUAGGCUGGAGACUGGGGAUCGUGGCCAUGGCGGGGUGGUGGGGAAGGGACACGGACUGUUGGGGGGGAGUGUUUAGUGGGAGGAGCCACUUGAGGCUUGAACUUGCUGGGUGACACUUUGGACAAGCCCCUCCUCUGGUCCUCCAUGUCUGCAUCCGAGGUGUGCUCCCCCCACCCCCCGGGGUCCUCAGAAGCCUCUGCCUGUGUCCUGUGUGCCUUUGAUGUCAGACUCACCUCAUCUGGAAACCACAAACCCAGCUGCGGAAGUGCUGGGGAGUGAGAUCCAGCUUUUUGAUGCUUUCGGGGGUCGCUGGAGGGGGUGGUUUGCAUUGCACGCUGUGGACAAAGCUUAAGCCCCUUCCUCCAGACAGCUCUCACCAGCUGCCCUGUCUUCCCUUUCUGCUCCUCCUCCCUCGAGGUUGCCUGCCAAGAUCCCCACCAUGGUCCUAACCAUUCCAGCUCUUCCUUCUUAGUGUGUAGACACAACUCGGCUAAACAAAAGCUCACCCACCGCUCUUCAAGGCCAGCUUUGUCCCUGGGAUGGGGUGUAUGUCGCCCUUUCAAGGGUGGGAGGACUCUGGGCUAGAACAUCAUCCUGUCACAAGAGUCUGUGAAACAAGGCGUUGGUAGGAAGGGAAUUGGUCAACAAUUCUCUGGUCACGAUGCUGUAACUCGGAGUCCAGAUGGGUUUUCAUUUAUAAAACAUGUGGCCCUUGACGAGGCUCCAUGAGUUACACAGACAUGGCCCUGAGGGAGGGGAGUGAUACCCAGCAGGGUGAGACUGAAUGCUUAACACCUCCCGCAUUUGAAGGACAAUGUUCUUGGAACCUCUCCGAUGGGCUGGAAUGCCCUUGACUGAAGUCUGCUGUCAGGAAAGGACACCAGGAGCCCAGAGUGGAGGGGAGACCAGACCGAUAACCUAGGUUCAACACUGGGCUUGAAGCCGGUGGUCCAGGCUGGUUUGGGGCAAUAUGUAUUUGAGGCUGGAGGUCCCUGAAAACCUAAACCAUCUGGCUGGGCUUAUGAGAGUGAAAUAAAGAGGCUGUUGCUCCGCAUCUUCGUGUGAGGCACCAGCUUGACCCAUGUAGGAAUUGGACUGGACAAAGAGACCACUCUAGUAGUGAACAGGCAUUGACCAAACUGCACCAAAAUGGGUUCAACAGCGACACCAUGUGGCAGAAGCUGGAAUGGCCCUACCAGGCUCUGCUCUGCAGGCGAGAAACCAACCUGACACUUAGGGACAAAGAAAGCUUUGGGUCUCUCAGUUUAUUCCGGGAGAAGGACACUUUGAAUGGGAGAUGUUGGACAUCUUGAGAGAGAAGGUUAAAGUGCUCUGUGGAAAAAUAAAAGGCUGUGGCUCUGUUUACAAUGGUGAA